AUGUUUGGUUCCCUGUCGCCAUUAUCCAUUAACACAGAAGAUGGCGACACAAUGAAGUCAGCAGAAGCUGUAUCGUCUCCUCCAGUCAAACCACUGCUUCAUGAACCGCGAAUCACCGCUACCAUUAACACUGGGUAUAAAUAUCUAAUCAGUGUUAGCUGUCUCAGUGAAAAAGUCUGGACAAGUGGGUAUAGCAAAAUCAUGAAACUCCUCAACCUCCAGGGUAAACUACUGACACCAAUACAAACUGAGUCAGGGAACCAACCAUGGGACAUAGCGGUGACACGGGAAGGAGAUCUUGUUUUUGCUGACUAUAAAUCUAUAAACCUAGUGAAGAAUAAACAGACACAGACCGUGAUAACACUACAGGGAUGGAAACCUCUCUCUGUCUGCAGUACCUCAUCUGAUGAUCUCCUGGUCACCAUGACUAACGAUAAUAGAAAACAAUCCAAAGUCGUGCGUUACUCUGGCUCGACAGAAAAACAAACCAUUCAGUUUGAUGACCAGGGUCGUCCUCUCUAUUCAUCUGAUGGUAACACUAAAUACAUCAAUGAGAAUAGAAACCUGGACAUAUGUGUGGCUGACUGGACAGCUAAAGCAGUAGUGGUUGUCGAUAAGUCAGGAAAACUCCGAUUUAGAUACACUGGUUAUCCCUCUAAUACCAAGGAAUCAUUCGAUCCACGUGGCAUCACUACAGACAGCCAGAGUCACAUCCUGACAGCAGACUGGUACAAUGACCGUAUCCACAUCCUAGAUCAGGACGGACAGUUCCUCCGUUACAUUCACUGUGAUUUAGAACGUCCAUUAGGUUUAUGUGUGGACAUCAGAGACAACCUCUUCGUGGCUGAGUUAAACACGGCUAAAACAAAGGUACAUUGUGCCACUUUUACUCCUCGGAAAUUAAAAAAAGAUCAGCUCAAUGACAUAUUUGGUUCCCUGUCAUCAUUAUCCAUUAAGACAGAACAUGCUGAGAACAUUACCCCAACAAUGAAGUCAGCAGAAGCUGUAUCGUCUCCUCCAGUUAAAUCACUUCUUGAUGAACCACGUCUCACUGCCACCAUAGACACUGGGUAUACAGACUUAUACAGUGUUAGAUGUCUAAAUGAAGAAGAAAUCUGGACAUGUUGGGGUAACGAAAUCGUAAAACUCAUCAACCUCAAGGGUAAUCUACUGACAUCAAUGCAAACCAAGUCAGGGAAUGCACCAUGGGACAUAGCAGUAACGCGGGACGGAGAUCUUGUUUAUACUGACCCAGGUGAUAAAAGUAUAAAUUUAUUGAAAAACAAUCAGAUACAUACCGUGAUCAAACUUCAGGGGUGGAUACCUCGCAAUGUCUGCAGUACCUCUUCCGAUGAUCUCCUGGUUACCAUGAUCAGUGAUGAUGAAACACAAUGCAAAGUUGUGCGUUACUCUGGCUCCACAGAAAAACAAACCAUUCAGUUUGAUGAUCAGGGUUGUCCUCUAUAUUCAUCUGGUUAUCAUUUCACUAAAUACAUCAGUGAGAAUAGGAACCUGGAUAUAUGUGUUGCUGAAUACAUGGCUGACUGUGAAGCUAGUGCAGUAGUGGUGGUCAAUCAGUCAGGAAAACUCCGAUUUAGAUACACUGGUCAUCCCUUUAAUACCAUGGAAUCAUUUAGACCAGUCGGCAUCACUACAGACAGCCAGAGUCACAUCAUGACAACAGACCCCGACAAUCACCGUAUCCACAUCCUAGAUCAGGAUGGACAGUUUCUCCGUUACAUUCACUGUCAUUUAGAACGCCCAUGGAGUUUAUGUGUGGACAACAGAGACAACCUCUUUGUGGCUGAGCGUGACACUGCUAAAAUGAAGAAAAUCCAAUAUCUAGAAACACAACGUUAGUUACAUUUCAACAAAGUGUUCACUACACAUCUAAACACACUAUUAAUCACCAAUCUCGACACAGUUCCAAUUUCCAAUUUAAACACGUUGGUAUUUACAUAUAUAAAACUUGAGUUAUAUUCAAAUACAUUGUGUUUAUUACAACUACAAACACUGUGUUAAAUCACAGAAUUGACAUGAUUAGAUGCCUGAUUCAG